CUGGCCAGGUAGUCCAUAGAUAUACCUUGUCCAUAGCGCGCCCUGUCCACCACCUGUAGUCCAUAGAUAUACAGCCGGAGGUCGAUCAAUUGAGCCGGCUGCAAAGCUUGCAACGAUCGCCGGUGACUGAUGGACAUCAAGGCGGACGUCAAGGUGGACAUCAAGGCGGAGCCCAAGGCGGCAGAGACGAAGAAGGCGGCGGGAUGGGAGUGGAAGGCGCCGGCAUCCAUGGUGCUGGUGCAGCUCUUCAUCACGGGGAUGAUCCUGCUCUCCAAGGUGUCUAUCGGCGGCGGCAUGUUCAUAUUCGCCCUCCUCGCGUACCGCAGCCUCUUCGGCGCCGCCUUCAUCCUCCCCUUGGCGCUCAUCUUUGAAAAGGGCAAGUGGAGGGAGAUGGGUUGGCACGCCACGGGAUGGAUCUUCCUCAACGCCUUCAUCGGGUAUGCGGUGCCAAUGAGCCUAUACUACUAUGGUCUCCGUGAUACAACGCCAGCUUAUGCCGUCAUCUUUUUGAACAUAAUUCCGCUGGUCACAUUCAUUCUCUCGCUCAUCUUCAGAAUGGAGACAUUGCAAAUCUUGAGCAUAGCUGGAUCACUCAAGGUCGUAGGCGUUGUGCUGUCGGUUGGAGGUACAAUGCUCAUCAGCCUUUACAAGGGCAAGACACUGCAUCUUUGGAAACCCGUUCUGCGCCACAUGGGGCAAAACACGACGGAGGUUGCAGGCAAUCAUCUAAGAGGGACAAUAUUCUUGGUAGGCAGCAGCAUCACACUUGCUUGCUGGUACCUGAUUCAGUCAAAGGUUAUGAAGGUGUAUCCAUACAAAUACUGGUCGUCCAUGGUGACAUGUUUGGUUGGAGGAUUUCAAACAGCACUAGUUGGAAUAAUAUUGAGUAGGGAUAAGAGCGCAUGGAAGCUAGGGUGGGAUCUCAACCUUCUGACCAUCUUCUACUCUGGGGCACUUGCAACGGCGGGGAAAUAUAGCCUGAACUCAUGGGUCGUGGCCAAGCGAGGCCCAGCAUAUCCUCCGAUGUUCAGCCCAUUGUCAGUGGUAUUCACUGUUUUGUUGGACUCCAUCUUUAUAGGCGACGAGAUUACGACAGGAAGCUUGUUCGGCACAACAGUGGUGAUUGCUGGGCUCUACAUUUUCCUAUCAGCAAAAUCAAAAGAAGUGCAGGACAAAUAGAUCUUGCCAGCAGAAAGCAAAGUUCUUGUAGCCGCAGAAGCUACAAAUUUUAUACAUGUAUACAAGAAUAUUAUUAUUUUAAUUCUUAUGUAAGAAACAGGAUGAUAGGUUUUUUCUCAUAAAACCCCAACGUCCAGUUUCACUAUGACCUGGAUAACCGAGCAAAAAGAAACCAACAUCCAUGUACCACAAUGAGCUGGAAAUAGCACUUAACUAGCAGUGUAUUCUUAAUCGAUCUAUUUUUAGUCCAUUUUUCAAA